GACAUUGAAACCAAAUAUGGUAUGGUCCACAUCACUGUCAGAGGCUCACCGAAGGGAAACAGACCUGUUAUCCUGACAUACCAUGACAUUGGACUCAACCAUAAAUCCUGUUUCAACACCUUCUUCAACUUUGAGGAUAUGCAAGAAAUCACUCAACAUUUUGCUGUCUGUCAUGUGGAUGCCCCAGGCCAACAGGAAGGGGCAGCCUCCUUCCCCACAGGGUAUCAAUACCCCGCAAUGGAUGAGCUGGCCGAAAUGCUGCCCUCUGUUCUUACAUACCUAAGUGUGAAAAGCAUCAUUGGUAUUGGAGUUGGAGCGGGAGCCUACAUCCUCAGCAGAUUUGCGCUCAAUCAUCCGGAGCUAGUGGAAGGUCUUGUGCUAAUUAACAUUGACCCGUGUGCGAAAGGCUGGAUUGACUGGGCAGCUUCCAAACUCUCAGGCUUGACAACCAACAUUGUGGACAUAAUUUUGGCUCAUCACUUUGGGCAGGAAGAGUUACGGACCAACCUGGACCUGAUUCAAAGUUACAGACUACGCAUUGCCCAAGAUAUCAACCAAGAAAACCUCCAACUGUUCCUGCAUUCCUAUAACAGACGCAGAGACCUGAAGAUCAAAAGACCCAAACCAGGCCAAAAUGAUGACACUUUAAAAACAUUAAAGUGCUCUACCUUACUGGUGGUGGGGGACAAUUCACCUGCCGUGGAGGCUGUGGUGGAAUGCAAUGCUCGCCUCAACCCUGUAAACACGAGUUUUCUAAAGAUGGCAGAUUGUGGAGGACUCCCUCAAGUAGUUCAGCCGGGGAAGCUUACGGAGGCCUUCAAGUACUUUUUGCAGGGAAUGGGCUACAUUCCGUCUGCCAGCAUGACCCGGCUCGCCCGGUCACGAACCCACUCGACCUCGAGUAGCCUUGACUCUGGACAAAUUUACUUCAGCCAGUCUGUGACCAGCAACCAGUCGGAUGGAACCCAAGAGUCCCGUGAGUCUUCAGAUACCCCGGAUGGACACCAGACCAUGGAGGUGUCCUGCUAAGCAGAUUUUCCUCCCUUGGACCAUGCAAGUCCCUCCUCCUUCAGAUGACCACUCCAUAAACAGAACAUUUCAUCCCCUAAACGGGCUUCCACUAUCUUUCACUCAUGCAUGGCCAUUGAAUCUCUCUCUAGCAGCCUGGAUGUAUCAUUUGUUUUGGGGUAUGUCAAGAAUCACACCCAUGCCAUUGCUGUAACGUGAAACAAAUGCCUGUGAACAUGGAGGCGUGCCAAGCUGAGCCCUACAUGCAGAGUCUCAAGGCUGGAGGGGACAGGGUGGCUAAGGAGGGUCUCAUGGCGUCAUGGCCCCGUGGUUGGUGUCGCACGCCCCCUCGGUUCCUCGGUGUUUGAGACAGGCCCCCUCUUAACUCUCAUGGCGUGCACUCUUCUUUCUUUCUCCUCCCAUUCAGUAUAAACAACCACAAAC